CUUGCUCUUCGCAAGCUAUAAAAGCCAGGGCAACCCAUACAAUAUGCACACACCCUUCCCUACACUAUAUAUAAAGCCCCAUGCAAACAAAAAUCUAUCUACUAUUCGUUUAAGAGUUAAAACCUAAAGUGAGAAACAGAGACAGAGAGAGAGAGAGAGAGAGAGAGAGAGAGAGAGAGAGAGAGAGAGAGAGCUAUGGUUUCCGGGCUUCAGAAGAGAGAACCAUUGCGCCGAAAGCUUCAAAAUCUAAGCAGCCUUACCAAGAUGAAUUCUGUCAAGAGGAGCUCCAUUUUCAUGGAGGCUUUGCUCCAGAUUUACAUGUUGAAACUCAAGCUUGAAGCAGUCCAAAGAGAGUACCUGCAUCUCAUGGCUCUUAAAACAGAAUACUUAAACCUAAUCAAACAUUCUCAGAUCCCCAAGGAAGUGAAGGUUGAGAAGAUUGAGGAAGGGUUUCUUGUAAGAGUGAAGUGCGAGAAUGCAGGAGACACUCUGGUUUCAGUUUUGGAAGCUUUUGAAGAAAUGGGUCUUACUGUUCUGCAAGCUAGAAUUUCAAGCAACAAUUAUUUUUCCAUGGAGGCCAUCGCUGUAGCUGAAAACCAAAACCAAGACCAGCUGGAUGUGAGAGAUAUCACGCAAGCAAUUACUAGGGCAACCGAGAUUAAUGGUCAUUGAAAAGAGAUGCAUGUGAAUAAUGCUUUGUGGUUCAAGUUGAUAACUCUUAAUUAGUGCUGCUGAUCAAUUUAAUUAAGAUUAUUGAUCGAUUGAUGCGUAUCUCAGUAUGUAAUAUAAUGUAAUGUAUUUGUGUCACUGACUUCCACUUUGAAUUGAAAAAGGAAAGGUAGACCCAAAAAGAAAAGGAAGAAAAAAGGGCAUUCAAAUGUGGUAUGUGUUGAUCGAAGAGUAU